UGUCCACACUUGUAGUUUCUCACACCAAAACAUUAGAACAGAAGUGAAUUUAAAAGAAAAAAAAAUGAAGAAGCAAGUUUGUUCGAGUGUCUUUCUUCUCAUUCUUCUCAUUUGCGUUCUUUUUCUUUUCCUAAGUGCUGAAGCUCAAGCCUGCAGGCCUAGUGGGAGGAUAAGAGGGAAAAACCCUCCACCAGGGCAGUGCAACCCAGAAAAUGACUCUGAUUGUUGUAAAGAUGGCAAGUGGUACACAACAUACAAAUGUUCACCGCCUGUGUCAAGCAAUACAAAAGCAACACUGACACUUAACAGCUUUGAGAAAGGCGGGGACGGUGGUGCACCAUCCGAAUGUGACAACCAAUACCACUCGGAUGAUGACCCUGUGGUGGCACUUUCAACAGGGUGGUUCAACCACAAAAAGAGGUGUUUGAAGCAUAUCAACAUCCAUGGCAACGGAAAAAUUGUGAGGGCUAAGGUUGUGGAUGAAUGUGAUUCUACAAUGGGAUGCGAUUCUGACCAUGAUUACCAGCCUCCUUGUCCUAACAACAUUGUUGAUGCUUCAAAAGCAGUUUGGAAGGCUCUAGGAGUGCCUGAAAGCGAUUGGGGCGAAAUGGACAUCUACUGGUCUGAUACUUGCGAUUCUAAUGGCAGUAUAGAAGGGACAACGCCUCCACCAGGUCAAUGUAACCAAGAAAAUAACGCUGAGUGUUGUGUAGAAGGCGAAAUUUACACAACCUACGCAUGUUCACCACCGGUCUCAGCCAAUACACCGGCUACACUGACUAUUAACAGCUUCCAGCAGGGUGGGGAUGGCGGCGGCCCGUCAAAAUGUGACAAUCAGUUUCACUCGGACAAUGAACCUGUGGUGGCACUCUCAACAGGUUGGUUCGGCCAGAGAAGUCGUUGCAAUAAGUUUAUUAAUAUCAAUUGGAAUGGUAUCAGUGUGAGGGCUUUGGUUGUCGAUGAAUGUGACUCUCAGUUGGGGUGUGAUGCUGAGCAUGCUUACCAGCCUCCAUGCCGCAAUAAUAUUGUUGAUGCCUCAAAAGCAAUUUGGACAGCUUUGGGAGUGCCUGAAAGCGAGCAGGGUGAACUAGACAUUACCUGGUCUGAUGCUAUUUGAUCAUUUUCACCCUAUGUAAAAUAUCUUCUGUAUUAGAAUAAAGGUUUCUUCGGUGUAUCAGAUUAUGGUUUAAGUGUAACCAUGCUAUAUAUGUGAUUCAUACAUAAAGAGUUGACCACUAACUAUUUGCUUUGUUGAUGAUGGUUAUAUAAAUCAGUUUGCUAUACUUGGCAUCUCAUUGCAUCAAAAUCACCAUUAUUAUUGAUUAUCGAGUCUUGUCAGUUAGUUGUUCAUGGAAAAUGUUCUAAAUUUGGUAUCAGGACGGUAAAAUUGUUUGAUACAUAUAGCAAAAAAGCAGAUGCCUUCAUCGAUGAAUAUGCAACCAGAUCAAAGCCCAAUAUUGCAUGUUUUUCUCACAUUAGACAUUAACACCUGCAAGAAUCUUAUGACCAAAUUAUUUAUUUAUUUUUGUGAGUUGUUACGGCAAUGGUCCCCACUGUCAGAUUCUAGAAUCUCUGUCUUAUUAUGCUCAUCACAUUCCAGUCCUGAAGCAGAAACAAGAUACCUUCUUGCUUGUAUAGUUCAAUUUAUACUGUUUCAAAUUGUUGAUUUCAAUGUCAAAGUCAUCCUCUUUAGCUAUAUAUUCUGGCAGCUCUGCAUUAUUUCCAAUUGAAGUACAGAUAUUUAAAUUUUACUGGCAGACAGAUAUUGGAACAUGAUGGUUUUUAACCCUGUUAUGG